AUGAUGGAGUACCAAGAAACAAAGAGAAGAAGUAUGGAUUUCACGAGAACUAUUGUCACAAUCUGCAUGAUGAUACUAGUGGCGGUGGGUCCUACUACAAUGGCAUCAAGGCCAUUUCCAUUUGAUAUCCAUCCAGAAAAGGUUUGCUGCCCCCCUCAUUCCCACUGUUGUAAUGUCCCUUUUCCUGAUCAUGGACCCGAGGAAGAUGAUGUCAAUGUGAACACUGUCGCACCUUCACCUUCACCUUCUAUGGAUCAUGCUAAAAAGCCACACCCUUGA